CUACAGAUUUUGGAGGCCGUUCCAAAUUCUCAAGGUUACGGAUCUUUUGAACAGGUACAGGGUUUCACGUGAAUACUCAUCAACUAGUUAGUAAUUUACGACGUUAUCGGUAUUCAACGCCUGGUAAAAUUAGUCUAUUUUCAGCUACUAUAUAAUCCAUAUGCCCGACAACUAUAUUACAGUACGAGCUGAAAAUGUCAGUGAUGAAGAUGAAUCUAUUGGUUCACCUCUAAAAGGAAUUCAUUCUUCAUUGAAUAACGUUGAAGUAGAUUCCGUGUUGUCGAAGUUUUCAAAGCAUAUAAUCUUGCUUCCACAAUCUGAUCAUGUACGCGUGCUACAGACAGUUAUUAGGAAUAGAGAGACUACAAGAAAUGAAUUUUUGUUCCAUGCUGAUCGUCUAAUUCGUUUAGUCGUCGAAGAAGGUUUAAACCAACUUCCGUAUGAAGAUGUGUGCAUUACAACGCCUACAGGUCAUUCAUUCAAUGGAACCAGUUUUCUACGUGGUAAUUGUGGUGUGUCUGUUAUGCGAUCAGGUGAGGCAAUGGAACGUGGUUUACGGGAUUGUUGUCGAUCAAUGCGUAUUGGGAAAAUAUUGAUUCAAACAGCUGAAGAGAGUGAAAUUGUUGAAGCUAAAGUUUAUUACGCCAAAUUACCACCGAAUAUUGAGGAAAGAAAAGUUUUGUUAAUGUAUCCUAUUUUAGCUACUGGAACUACAGUACUGAAAGCCUUAGAUGUCUUAAGAACGUACAAUGUUUCUGUAGAGAAUGUGAUUUUGUUGUCGUUAUUUGCUUCUCCAAAAAGUCUUGUCAACAUUUUAACACGUAAUCCAGCAUUAAGAGUCGUCACCUCAGAAAUUCACCCAAUUGUACCAAGUCAUUUUGGUCAGCGAUAUUUUGGUACUUCUUAACUUUCAAUUUUCUUUGAUUUUUCUUAAAUAUUUUACUUAUUUUAUUUUCCUCAUGAUCUGUUUUAUAUCUCCUCUUCGACAUGUCUCUAUACUCACCUCUGUCUUUUUUGUUUCUCAUACGCAUUAUAUAUUUCAUUAACUUCAUUGUACAUUAGUUUUGAAAUAUGCCCCUAUUUCCGGUGUCAUUCCACUUUGAAUUCGGUUGACGUGUGAUCAUUGUGAAUCAUGUCAAAGAAGAAGAAGAAGAAGAAGAAAGAACUAACCAUUUUGAUAAUGUACAUGGGUAUGUAUGUUUGUGUGUAUCUAUGCGUGUGUAUGAAAUGAUGCAGUAUAUAGAAACUUCUUUUUUAAUAUUAUUAUUAUUAUUGAUCUCUGUGAUUGAUUUCUUUUUGUUUUUCUUUUCUCAAUGUGUAUAAAUUUUGAGUAAACUUAGUUAUCUCGGAGAAUUCUGUCAUCACAUUGCACAUUUUUGUCGCGCUAUCGUAGAUCGCUUACUUUGAAUUUCAACAAUCAAAGUAUGUGAAUAUUAUACAUUGCUGCUAUCAAAGCAGAUAUUUGCCAAACAAUUCACCAGAGUAAUAUAUUGUAUAAGCUAGAAUCGACAACUCAUAUUGUAUCUUAACGUGGAUUUCGUCACGAACUAACAUCAAUUGUAGCGAGAUCAUUACAAACCAGGAAGUCCUGAACAGCUGUUUCGUCCUAACCUGGGACUUUUCAUCAACGAAGAGACUAACUUUUCUUUUUACCACAAAUGUUUGCGUUCUACCUCCCGUGUUAAGUGGUAUAAUAUGGUGGAUGAUAUUGAGGUUAGG